AUGCUAACAAUUUCUUCUAUCAUACUGAUCUAUCUAUCUAUCUAUCUAUCUAUCUAUCUAUCUAUCUAUCUAUCUCCUCAUAUGUAUGUAUGUAUAUAUGUGUGUAUCUAUCUAUCUAUCUGUUCAUAUCUCUCUGUUCGUAUGUAUGUAUCUAUCUAUCUAUCAGUUCUUAUCUAUCUACCUCUUACUGUUCAUAUCUAUCUAUCUAUCUAUCUGUUCAUAUAUAUCUAUCUAUCUGUUCAUAUGUAUCUCUCUGUCCAUUUCUGUCUAUCUUAUUAUCUAUCUCACGUUUUCUUUCCUUCUCUCCCUCUCUCCCUCUCUCUCUCUCUCUCUCUCUCUCUCUCUUUCAUUCAUUCAUUCAUUCUUUCUUUCUUUCUUUCUUUCUCUCUCUCUAAUUAUUUUCCGAUUUUAUCCUUCAGCUCUCACUCUUUAUUAUUUCCUUUGUUAAGUUUUCUUCACUUGUCUCUCUCACACCUUCUCUCUCCCCCUCUCUCUCUCUUUCUUUUUUCUUUCUUUCUUUCUUUCUUUCUUGGUCCCUUUCUCUCUCUCUCUCUCUGUUCAUAUCUAUCUAUCUAUCUAUCUAUCUAUCUAUUCUUAUUUUAUUAUAUUCCUUCACUUAGCUCUCAUUCCUUUUCAUUUUCUCUCAUUUUCUUCACUUGUCUCUCUCACACCUUCUCUCUCUCCCUCUCUCUCUCUCUCUCUUUCUUUCUUUCUUUCUUUCUUGGUCCCUUUCUCUCUCUAUCUCUCUGUUCAUAUCUAUCUAUCUAUCUAUCUAUUUUCUUAUUUCAUGUUAUCCUUCACUCAGCUCUCACUCUUUCAUUUACUUUCAGUUUUCUUUCCUUCUCUCUCCCUCUUUCUUUCUUUCUUUCUAGCCCCCCUUUUCUCUAUCUUUCCCUCUUUCUAAUUAUGUUCCUAUUUUAUUUUCCCUUCUGA